AUGCUGACGUUGAGAAUCGUGAUUUUCUUCUUGCUCCACCAAGCCGAAAGCUGUGGUGUUCGGCCAACGAAGGAAUCGCAUUUUGACUUGUAUCGAUUAUACAGUACCGUAUACACAGAAGACAUUCUGAACACAAUAAUCGGCAAAGAGUCACCGGGUGAAAAUUACGACGUGAUUUCGAAUUCUGUUGGCACGACAGACUUCUAUUGUGCCCCCGUGUUCGGAUGGUGCGGUGCCGAUGUUCCCAUUCUUCGUCGACGAUUACAAUCGGAAGGGAAAUUCUUCCACACAACGCUUCUUGACAAAAGCUUCAAUUUCCAAGAUUACACCAUUGAUGAAGGCGAUGUAUGUUAUGGAUGGUCGACUCAUGCCGUUCAAGAAAAGGAUAUGGGCUGCGGGAAGAAGUACGACGUUCAGGCGCCCGUUGACCUCGAUGAUUUUAUGGAGCUCUAUGAGCAUGUCAAUGGCCUUUCCGGUUUACAAUAUGAUUAUUAUUACACAACUCGUUCGGAAGUCGACGACUAUGAUCGUGAGAAAACUCUUGGUUAUGUUUUGAACAUCAAGGCGCAUAAGAAAUGCACUUGCAUGGUUCGAUUAAAGCCGGAAGUUGAAAUCCAUCCAAACUCGUUUAUCAAUCAUGAGCUGACGACGCACGUGCACAAAUUCACCAAUCUGUUCAAUUCGAGCGCCGAUGAGCCGUUCCUUUGUGCGCAAUAUCAGGGGGAGUGCGGCGCCACACUUCCAUUAUACAAAUAUCCGAAAGGAGAAUUGCCGACUUAUACAACCUCGCCGCGAUCUGCCCUUGAUCAACCGCUAUGCUAUAUUUGGUCUGAGAAAGAUGUGAAGAAUCGAAGGACGCCUUCGAGCGCAACCGCUUCAACGAUGUCCACGUCGACCACUGCUGACUUCAACGACUUUGAAUUAUUCAACUACCCAGUCUUCAUCAAAGUCCACAAUGACGACUACUGGUCAGGCGUCAACGAAUUCUACAACAAUGAAGCCGUCGACGUCUUCGGAUUCUUCUGGCACUGCUCAAUCGCCGACAAUAAUGACGAAGGCAAGUUCGACAAGAACUCAAGUGACGAUUGUAAAUUUGUCCACCAAUUCGGCUACUACUACCACUAUCAUGGAAGCCCAUAA